AUGGAGGCUAGACUUACAAUCAACAGAGAGAUGCUGGAAGAAUUAUUCAAGCCAUCAGUUGAUAAAAUCAUUAGCAAGUUGGUUGAAGUACUAGACCAAUGUGAUGAAAAUGAAAUGAAAACAAUCAUUUUAGUUGGAGGAUACAGUGAAUCUCCCUAUGUAAGGGAGAGAAUUCAGUCAACAUUCAGUAACAUGAGAGUUAUCCUUGUAGAUGAUGCUAGACUGGCGGUGUUAAAUGGGGCAGUGAUAAUGGGCUGGAAACCUAAAAACAUCAUACAACGUAGGUCCAGGUACACUUAUGGAUUUGUGAUUAGACAACCAUUCAGAGUCGGAGAAGAUCCAAAACAACUUAGGGUUAAUUGUGAUGGGGUCAUUUAUUGUGACAUGAUAUUUAAGAAAAUGAUAGAAAAAGGUCAGAUAGUGGAGUAUGGACAGACAUUUAUAUUUCAAGGGUAUGAUUCAGCCACUUCAGCAGGACAAAAACGCAAAGUGAAAAAUGUACAUCUAUAUAGAUCUACCCAAAAAGAUCCUCAUUACUGUAGAGAGGAGGAGGACUGUAGCUUAGUAGGAACAGUAAAAACUAAACCACCAUCAGAUGGAUGGCCAGAUAUGUGGGACUUUGAUCUACAACUUAUUGUUGGUGAAACUGAGUUCACUGUGAAGUGUUUAAAUCUUAAAACAGGACAAGAAUAUGAAGCACAAAUGGAUUUUCUGUAA